AUGAAUAUUAUCAAGGGAUUUCCCACUGUUUUUCUUAUCAUUUGCUUUGUUUUAAUUAUCAUAGAUUGUUUGAUGGUUGAAGCAGAUACUUGCAAACCCAGUGGCAAGCUUAGAUGGAAAAAGCCUCCGCCGGGGCAAUGCGAUGAUAAUUGUUGUGAAGACAGAAAGUUUUACACAACGUAUAAAUGUUCACCGCCUGUGUCGAGCCAUACAAAAGCAAAGUUGACAAUUAACAGCUUCGCAGCUGGUGGGAAUGGAGGCGGACCAUCGGAAUGUGACAACCAUUACCACUCGGAUGAUGAGCCUGUAGUGGCACUUUCGACCGGGUGGUUUAAAAACAAAAUGAGGUGUUUGAAGUAUAUCAAAAUCCAUGGAAAUGGAAAAAGCGUGAAGGCUAAAGUCGUGGAUGAAUGUGAUUCGGAACAUGGUUACCAGCCUCCUUGUCCUAACAACAUUGUUGAUGCCUCGAAAGCAGUUUGGAAAGCUCUUGGAGUUCCUGAAAAUGAUUGGGGCUUAAUGGAUAUCUACUGGUCAGACACAUGCAGGCCUAGUAGAAAGAUUAGAGGGAAAAAUCCUCUGUCGAGGCAAUGUAAUCUUGAAAAUGGAGCAAACUGUUGUAAGGAUGGAAAGUAAUACACGAUGUAUAAGUUUUUACCACUUGUCUCAAGUAGUACAAAAGCAACAUUGACAAUUAACAACUUCGAAGCUGGUGGAGAUGGCGGUGGACCAUCAGAAUGUGACAAUCAACACCACUCGGGUAAUGAUCCUGUAGAGGCACUUUCGAUCGGGUGGUAUAACCACGGAAAGAGGUGUUUAAAAGAUAUCAAUAUUUGUGGAAAUGGAAAAAGUGUAAGUGCUAAGGUUGUGGACAAAUGUGAUUUUGACGAUUCUUACCCUAACAAUAUUGUUUAUGCCUUGAAAAUAGUUUGA